CAUGAGAAUUGAAAAAAAAUUAAAAUUGAAAAGUGUCCCCAAUUGUUUCUACUAUGAAUAUCAACAAUCUUCCAGUAGAGGUUUUGGAAUUGAUUUUUCACCAUCUUCCGGUUAGGGACCGUAAAGUGGGAGCCGAAGUAUGUCAUCUUUGGGCCCAGAUCGUUUCCGGUUGGUCUUGUAUGGCAGAUGUUGAUUUAGUGAUUAAAGUGUCUCUGUUGAGCAUAGAAUCUCCCGCCAUCAGUCAUCGACGGUAUCGUAACUUGUUCCUACGCGUAGAUCGAGAGUUGAACAAUAAUUCUAGGAUUACCAUUUCCAAUGUUCUUUUCGGGUACAAAGAAUCCCUCGAAAGGCUGCGAAUUUCUUGGGAGCUCGAAGAUAGGCCGAUUGAUUUGUUUGUAUUCCUAUGGUUGUUAUCCUUCACUCCCGGACUCAGGGUACUGAUCGUGGAAGAUUGUAACGAAACUUGGGAUGAGACGAGCGAAAUGCCAUCAUCAUCUUCGAUCCCGUGCUUAGUAAAUCUGGAAACAGUGGAACUACCAUGCAGUCUAAUGGACAAUAUCAACUUUAAUCUCUGCCUGCUGGCGCCUAAAAUACGAAUUUUGAUCGCUACCAUAAAUGGGCGGCAUGCCUGGACAGCGAUACAGGAACUAAGCGGCCAAUUAUCAUCGCUCACAGUUCGAACCGAAACAGAGAACAAUUUGCAGCCAUUUUGGUGGAACGUGGAUGGUCGAAAACUCAACCAACUCACCUUGUCCAAACUUUGCUACGAUCUAAUGGAUAUAGUCGACGUGAACCCUAGCGAUGCCAGCCAAUUCUUCAGUUGCUGUUCUUCGCUGACAGCACUUAGGCUGGAACUUCACGUCCCAUUAUCGGUUAUACGAAUCGUAGUUCAAAGCUGCCCACUUCUAACCAAGCUGCUUGUCUACGACUUAGAUGACGGUAUGGCUUUUCUUGUCGCAGUUCAACCUCUCCAACAGCUAACCCAUCUCACAGUGAUGGAGACAAGCUUUGAAAGCAAGCCGUCCACAAACUUCCUGCUACCCAAAGUAGUCAGUCUAACGCUCCAUUCUGUAGAAUUCCGCGACCCUUCUUUGUUUUUUCAACAUCUUAACAACGCUACGCCAAACCUCCGAUCACUUAAGUUGUCCCGCUACGCUCAUCUGGACGAUUCGCAACCGGACGCAAGCGUGCUGCGAGCUCUGCUCUCAAGUAAUCUGCACAAGCUGCGAAAGCUGACCCUGGCCAAUAACAAUUCGUUCCCAUCGCACCUGUUCAGUCACAUCAAUCUGCUUUCAAACCUGGUAGAUCUUCGUUUAGACUUCUUCGGACUCAAUCCGUGGGUGCGCUUCGCCUGUGUGCCCACAAUACAACGGAUGGUGCUGAGCGUCGGUAAACUAAGCCAGGUGCAGCUACGGGCACUGCUCAGGGUAUUUUCGGCACUGAUUCGAUUGGAUUUGAUCGUUGCAAACCCGAGUAGCGAAGAGACCAUUUUGGACUAUAUCCACGAGAUCGUUAGAAACUGCCCAAACACCGAAAUCAACGUGUGGGAACGGAAGAAUAAGGCAUCCUUUUUGGAUGAGUGGUUCGGGAACUACUGAAUCGUGAUACGUUUGAACGGUGUUAAUUAAAUAGAUCACACUU